AUGGAUGGCCAGGCGGAGGCACCGUGCACCUCCUGGGAUCUAUCGGAGGACAUGGAAAUCCACCGCUUCGUCUGCAACCCUGUCAGCGGCCAGAUGCUCCGCCUGCCGGACAUCGCUGGCUCGAGGAGUAUCCUUCUGCAGAACCACAUGGGCCUCCUCACCCAGGCCGAUGGCGGGCGCGGGCACGGCCCGCCUGGCAGGUUCGCCGUGGCCGAGCUCGUCUUCGAUGGCCGCGCUCUCGAGCGCUUUCUCUCGGAUGAAGGGGAGUGGAAGACGGUGUUGAACAGCGUACCAAGCCGGUCGCUUCUCCCGCGCAGGAUGCAGGUGAACCAGGAGACGGUUGCCUUCGGCGGCCGCCUGUGGUGGGUCGACUUGACCUUGGGCGUCGUCUCCGUCGACCCGUUCGGCGACCCGCCGGAGAUCUGCGGCAUCCAGCUGCCCAGCGGAAGCGUGCUGCCUGCACGCGCGCAUGCGGAGAGUGGAGAUUUCAGCAAGGCCGAGGAAAAUGUCAAGUUCAUGCUGGAGGUGGCCAAGUACCACCGCGUUGGGGUCAGUCAGGGGAGGCUGCGGUAUGAUGAGAUCACUCCGGGCGGCCCAUUUCUGCUCAGCUCGUUCGCGCUCGAUGACGAGGCCAGCGCCUGGAAGCUGGAGCAGCAGGUGGAGCUCAGGCAGGUCUUGGCGGAUGGAGGCUACCAGCUGCAGCACAACUCGCCGGCGCCACAGAUCGCCGUCCUCGACCCGCUCAACGCCGGCGCCGUCCAUCUCAAGGUCGCCGAGCACGUCGUCGUCGUGGACAUGCACAAUGGGAAGGUGAUUGGGGCCUCUCCGCUUCAAGACGACUACUUUUCUCUGGUACCAUGUGUGCUUCCACCAUGGCUUGGAGCAAGCCGGAUCCCUACAACAGAAUUGUUUGUUGGAAUGAAGGGCGUCAAUGGCGGCUGCACCUCGACGACGUCCUCCUCGUCGGAGAUCACCUAUGGCACCUCGUCAGUGGACGUCGGUGGAGGCAUGGGAGCCGGCGCAGCCAUGAUCGUCGAUGCCGAUUACAUCUCGUGCCACGCCCUCGCUAAUGGAUCCACGCUCGCCAUGUUCGCCAUCAAGAAAGCGUCCACCAAGCCACCGGGAAAUGAGACGAAAGGGGCGAAUGUGCCCUUCGUGAAGUCGCGGAAGGCGCCGUCUCCGAAGAAGAAGUCGGAAGGGUGGACCGACGAUCAAUGGCAGCUCGGUUGCCUACGCCGCAAGCUAUCGACGGGGGAGCGGAGGCGAUGGAAGGCUGCGCAGCUGGAGAAGAAGACGGUGGCGGGGCGCGUGCAGAAGCACGCGCUGGCCACGUGUAUCGCGACCAACAACAUAAGCCCAUGGAGUACGUCGGCGCCGGUGUACAUUCCGGGAGUGAUGUAUCUGUUGACAUCCGGAUUCUACAACGGCGGCCCCUCCGCCACUCUCGAGUGCGUGACGCCAAACUCGUCGCCGUCGUACGAGGAUAAGUUUCCGCAUGGUGGCUUCAACCCCAACGUCGUGUUCCACUCCCCGACGUAA